GCAUCUGCUCUGCUCUCUACAGUUUGUUUUUUCCUUGAUGAAUUUUGUGGAUAAAAUAAGGAUACUGGUAUAUUUUAACAAGUUUUGAAGUUGUUCUUUAUUUUGUGGAUUUGAAUCUUGGAUUCCUGUUAUUUGUUUUAGUUGCGUUAUUUUUCUGAACUGUAAAGUUUAUACCGUAAUACCUAGGCUAAGCAUACUAUAAGAACAACAUGACUGCAAAUUUGGAGCCCAUUCAAGAACUUCAAAAUAUUGCAAAAAAACGUGGUUUUCAACCACCUGUGUAUGAUGUAUUUGAGACAGAAGAUAAAUCAUUCAAGUGCAUUUUGAAAUUCUUUGCAUACACUACUGAGUCAACUUGUUCAUCUCAAGAAGAGGCAUUAAACUUGAGCUGCAGAAACAUGUUACUUUUCUGGGAGGUUAAUGAUGCAUUCAAGAUAGCAUGCGACAUGAAUGUAACAAUCAACUAUGAAGAGUAUCACAAUCUUAUUGAAGAUGAAAAAAGAAGAGAAAAAGAAGCUGAAAAUAUUUCUACUACAAAUGUAAAGGACCCGAUACCUUAUUUUUACGAACCUGCUGAAAAGACAAAUACUGAUGACCCAAAGUUUGCGAGUUCUGAUACCAGUGUCUUCGACAGUGAUCCCGCUACCGGUUUAUAAAGUGGGAGCUGUGGUGGGAAUUAAAGGCGACAAACCCAAGGAGAAAGCUAAUCUGAUCACUGCCGCCAUUGCUAAGAAGAAACUACUAGAGCAAGAAAAGAAAGACCGUGAAGCCAAGAUAAAACCAAUCUCCAAAGAGGACUUCCUUCUUUCAAAAGAUCUUCUCUAAUUGUAAAACUUGAUAAUAAUUAUUCUCAGUAAACAUGGGGAAAUACCUCAUGCAUUCCUUAAUUUUGUAAGAUAUAUCUUCAUCAUAAUAUUUUAUUAUUUCAACUACCAAAUCUACUUGAAAUAUAUUAUUUGAUGUUUUUUAAUACCUUAGAAGUGCUCGAUCAAGCAUGUGGAACAAGUACCAUAUAUUGUACUACUCAUACGCAGGAGCUUUGGAAAGUAUAUGCCCAGUAUGUAACUAAAGUUAUAUACCAGUAUAAAACUAACUACACUUCUGUAUUAUAUUAUGCUCUGUAUUAUAUUAUAAAUACUUUUAACUACCAAAUCUACUUGAAAUAUAAUUGAUUUUCUUUAAUACCGUAGAAGUGCUCGAUCGAAGCAUGUGGAACAAGUACCAUAUAUUGUACUACUCAUAUGCAGGAGCUUUGGAAAGUAUAUGCCCAGUAUAUAACUAAAUUUAUAUACUUUAUAAUUAUACUUAUAUACUUUAUAACAUAUACUUAUAUAACUAAAGUUAUAUACCAGUAUAUGAAACUAUCUACACUUCUGUAUAUGUUGCGAAUAAUAGUCUACAUUUCUAAAGCAUUAAUUAUUUGAGUUAUUUCAAAUCUGUCAGUAUAUUCUGAUUUUUAUUCACAUGACACUAUAAAAUUGGACAACUUCAAGUUCACAGUAGAGCUAUAUGAAUCUUGUAUUCACUCAAGCAGUUGAAAAUCAUGAACUGUUAUCAAAUCGAUUUGAAAUACAGUUAGAAUUUGUGUAUUUCAGAUCGUAGAACUUGAGUAUUCUAUCCAUACUUGUUAAUGCAAUAUACUGGGCAUGCUUUCCAAUUCACACUCCUGUAUGAGUACCGUAGGCCUAUUCUAGUGUUACAGUCGGUAGUGAGUGGUGAAAUCUCGCUCAGUAGUGAGAAAAAUAGAUUUGAAAUAUAUUUGGGAUUUGUGGAUUAAAUAUCGUAGAACUUGAGUAUUCUAUCCAUACUUGUUAAUGCAAUAUACUGGGCAUGCUUUCCAAUGCACACUCCUGUAUGAGUACCGUAGGUCUAUACUAGUGUUACACUCUAUGGUCUUGAAUCCACUAAUUUAAAAUAUUUCAAAUCGAGUUGAAAACAGUUCAUCAUUUUUAAUUAACUGCUUGAGUAAUAAAAGAUUCAUAUAGCUCUACAGUGAACUUGAAGUUGUCCAAUUUUAUAGUGUCAUGUGAAUAAAAAUCAGAAUAUACUGACAGAUUUGAAAUAACUCAAAUAAUUAAUGUUUUCGAAAUGUAAACCUAUUCGCAACUAAUAAAGAAGUAUAGCUUUCUUAUUAAUUUAGUAAGCCUAUUUGUCAAAUUAUUGAUGUUUUAAUGGAUCCAAAAUCUUCUGUAUCACAAAUAAAUGUGUAUAUUAUUUCUGUUUAUAAGAAAGAAAUAAUCGAAGAAGUCAAAAUGAACACUGCUCUAAAUCCCAAUAUAAUAGAUCAGCACAAGUUACCACAAUAAUUGUGGUAAUUAAACAAUUAUUGUUUCUUUUUAUUUUAUAAUCUCAAUUGAGAAUACUAUUUUUGUGUUAAAUAUUUUCUUAAAAUGUAUGUUAUUCAAUUUACUUGUGUACUUUUGUGUUGUGAUAUACUAAUAUGAAAACUUAAAAAAAAAUUGUAUCAUUUUAAUCAUUAAUGAAGCAUUGUAAAGAAUUUUACAAUUUAAGCAAUCUUUACAUUUAAGCUUUGUAAAGAAGAUAAUAUGAAAACUUGUACCAUUUUAAUCAUUAAUGAAGCAUUGUAAAGCAUUAAAAAAAUCAAACAUUCUUUACAUUGUAAAGAAGAUAUUUUUAUUAAAUUUGUUUCUACUGUA